AUGGAACAGAAAUACAAGGAAGGCCAGAAGGUUGAAUACCAUCCUAUCGGUGGGCCCCAUGGAACUUCUACCAGUACCGGAAAGAUCGUACGAGUCCUCACUCACCCCGAUGCCGCUGGCUCUACUGGAAACACCGUGAAGGCAUCCGAAUCAGAUCCCCGUUACGAGAUCCAAAACGACAAUACGGGAAAAACCUCGGCGGUGAAGGAGAAUAACAUUGAGCGGGUGCUUUAA